CUGCUGUUUCAGUAGCGCUUGACCCUUGUGCCAAGAAGAGGGUAGAAGCGAGGGACAAAACGGCUGAAGCUGCCUAGCAAACAGGGAGCGCAGGGGUGCAACUUUGUGUGGAGAAAGGCUUCCAUCUCCCGUGCACCUUGUGGGACAAGGCAGCGGGAGUAAGUGGAGAGGGGAGGGCACAGAUGUGCCUGUGUUCACUCAAGACAAAUCUCAACUACAGAACUAAGCCAGAGGUGCGUAGCCACCUUAUUAUAACUGAAUUGGUUUACACAUCCACAUGAUGUUUCUUGUGUCGAGCUGCAUGUCCUCGCCAGGAGCGCUUGCACCAAUUUAACUGCGGUGUAGAAGGGUUUUUUGGAAAGGCAGCAACAGUCCAUGUGAACGACACAGGGUAUGUCUUCAUUACCUGCUGGAUCAAAAGGUAGCGAUAAAUUGACCGUGAAGUGCUUUCCCUUCACCAAAAGGAGAAGUACUCCACCAAAAGGAGAAGAGUAGGCAGAGUCAAAGGUCCAGGACCUGUGGCAGUAUAGACAAGGCUUCAGACACCGCAUUGACCUAAGCGCCAGCCCUCUUGUGGAAGUGGAGUUAAGUUGCUAUAGUGGGUGAGUAACAUCUGUGGGAGCUGUUUUAGUAUAGACUUUAGUUAGGCAACCUACAUUGACCAUAUGUUGACCUAACUGUACAGUGUAGAGCAGGAUAACACAGGUAUUUUUCACCAUUAGUUGACUUGGUUCUCAGGCUAGUAGGUUCCAGCAUCUUUAGGCUUGGCUGUAAAGUAGGCUUAUAAGCAUAUGUCAAAGCAUGCUAGGUGUGCACUAGGUGGGAGGAUCCUCCCCCUUGCCAAAGCUGCUGCCUAUGGUGGAUCUGUUGUUCCAAAUAACGAGCCUUUCUUUUGGGGAAGUGUUAACGUACUGGGUGGGUGACCUUUCUUCUGACUGGUUCUUUUCAUGUCCUGAACAGGAGAAAUGCAUGGACAAGCCUGGGCCCAAGCUGGACAGUCGGGCAGAGACCUGUUUCGUGAACUGUGUUGAGCGCUUCAUAGAUACCAGUCAGUUUAUUCUGAACCGAUUGGAGCAGACGCAGAAAGCCAAGUCACCCUUCUCAGAGAGCCUGUCUGACUGAACAGGGCAUGGACUUCUCUGUUCCCUUAAUAAAGAGAAUUGCACAUCAAAUGGGAGAGAGAGGAAAAGGAGAGAAGCUGAUGGGACAGCUAUAGAAGACAAGCUGUGGGGAGGUUGGCUCCUUCCUCUGCAUCAGAUUCUAGAUUGUCCUGUCACAUGAAUGAGCGGAGACCAGCAUUUUUUGUCAUUUAAAAUGCCAAUCUUGUGAAAAUCCUAGCUAGACAAGAGAGCCUGUAACAGAUGUACACUUACUACUCUACUUGCCCGUGUACUGUUCUCAUUCCCACUGAGUACAUUUCAUGCACAAGUUUACACUGGGAUUGUAUGGACAGAACUCCUUAGGUUGAGCACACCAGAAUUUCUAGGAGGGAGUGCUCAAAUGCUGGAAAUGGUGAGGAAUGAAACACUAAGUGAAGCUUAAGAAAGGGGACCACUACCUUAAAUAGUCCUGAAUUACAUCCAGCUUUUAUAAUUAAUUCUCCCCUUAGAGAGAAACUAGUCAAUCUUGGUUUCAGAGCUAAAUCGUAGCUGAAUUGAUCAUUUCCCUCCAUAUGCUUCUAAGGCAUGUCUUAGGGAGAACCAGAGCUUGAAUUGCAGGACUGCACCAGUAUUGCCCCAGCAUCCUUUGAGAAGAAUUUGCCCAAGGAUGUGUUGCUAUGGGAAGAGAUUAAGCCUCACUUAAGAUAAAGUCAGUCAUGUGGCCAAGUAACAGCUUUUCAAUGAGAAGUGCAACAUUUAAUUUUCUCCAUAAACUGUUUCCUCCCAAUCAAUGGAAUAAAUAUAUACUUGAUCAAUUUUUAAAAUCAGCUUCUUGUGUUUAGGAAGGAGGGCUGUGGGGGAUGUCAGACCUGCCUUUCACCUCUUGUCAUCUCUGCCAUCAUGUGCAGUCUGUCUCUGCGCAUACCCUGCCACCUCCAUUCUGUUGACCAUACAGUAAUUUUUGGACAGGAAAAGGAUAUAUAGGCUAGUUGUUAUAGCUAAACAACUGCUCUGUUCUGACUAGCGAGUUUGUGUAUCACCCUGAACUAUAAUUUGCUGCUCAUAGUCAUCUAUUUCAUGGCUCCCAUGACUGGACCAGCUCCUCUGCCAACUAAAAAAAGUACAAAAAAGGCCACCACUCGGUAAAUAUAUUGUGUAAGAAAGGGGAUCAAGUCCCUUUCGUUCACAGAACAAACUGGUGUAGAUUUCCUGAGUGAAACCCUCUUUUAUCCAGACAGACUACCUCUCAUGUGAAGGUAAUUUGUUUUAUGUCCAUAUGAUCCUCUGUGCCUUUCUAGAAACUACCAACAAGAUGAGUGAUUCUAGUUGGGGUUUCUGGGCCAAAUGUUUUCUCUCAGAAACAGACCUUCCAUUUCCUCUUACACGGGCUACUGAAAAAACAGCAACUCAAAAGCUUACUUGUGCUACUAUUCUAGUUCCUGGAAACCCCAAAUAAAUUAUUGAAUUAA